AUGAUUUCGAACACCUUCAAGGAGGGCAUGUGGUUCAAGGCGCUUACGCCAUACAUGCUGAUCAUAACCAACAAUGAUCCCAUUGCUGUGGGCAACAUGCUGACCUUGAACGGGCUCACAAGGGCCAUCGUAGGUGUCUCCUCCGGCAGGCUGUUGAUCAACAACUUUGGCAUUGAUGUUGUGUGGCUCAUGAGUGGCAUGGUGGGUCUGCUGGGUCUGCUGGUCAAUGUGAUCUGUCUCUGUCAAGGCUCUGUUGCUGCAGCCUAUGUUCUGAAUUUCACGUGGGCUGUGUACAAUGGGCUAUGGAACUCCUGUUUGGAAACUUCAUGGGCCCGCUCCAUCGUCAAGAGCAAAAGAGAAGAUGUCAAUGGAGCCCGGCAGAUCACAAACAAAGUGACGACAUCCCUGGGGCCGCUGAUCUCAGCCGCUGCAACCUUAGUCAGGGCCCAUGGGUAG